AUGGGAGAGAUGUUGAGGAAGCAUGAGUUAGUACAUAAGUCAACUAUUAAAAUUUGUUGGAUGUGUUGGGUAUGCCCAUAUUUUCAAUGAUGAAAGCUCAAAACUUCAUCAGUAUAUAUUCUUUGGUUAUGCAGAUGGGAGUGAAAAAUGUAUAAGUUUUGGGAUCCAAAAAAUAAAAAAGAUGUUAGUUGAAGUGCAAUUUUGGAUGAAAUUAUAUGUUAAUGUAUUUUGAUGAAGAAUCAUUACUAUAGCUAGAGAAUGAUAAUUCUAAUAAUAAAAUUAUUCAGUUGGAGAUUAAAGAGAAGCUCAAUUUUUCAAUUAAAAUUGAAGUGACUAGAAGGGUAAGACACACCAUCAAAAAACAAUAAAGUAUUUUUAAGAUUAUUUUGUCUUGUCUUGAUUGCAUGUGAAGGAGAACCUACAUCUUUUCAUGAAGCAAUUAAUUACUAUGCUAAAGAUCAAUGGAUGAAGUCAAUGAUAAAAGAAACAAAAUAUUUAUGUAAAAGGUAAAACCUAUCAUCUAGUUGAACAUCCUAAGGAGAAGAAGAUAAAAAUCCAAAUCAAUAUUGAAAAAGAAAGGAACUACAAAUAAGGAAAAAUAAAAUUUAAAGGCUCAAUCAUAGAAAAAAGAUACAAGAGACCUCAAUUGAUCAAAAUAAAAUAUUAUCUUUGAUGGCGAAGCAUAUAACAACAAAAAUAGUGUUAUCCUUUGUAAAAGAAAACUUGAAGUUGAAAAUUCAUGUGAAUAUUGCAUUUCUCCAUGAAAAUUUGAAGGAAAAUAUCUGUAUAAAACACCAUGAAUGGUGAUUUACAAAACUAGAUUGAAAACAUACAUUUGAAGAUUGAAGAAAUUGCAUAAUGAUUGUAAGGAAUCUUCAAGCAAUGGUAUCAAAAGUUUGAUUAAUUUGUGAAUGGGAAUUUACUACACCUAAGUAAGUAUCAUUAUUAUAAUUACAUUAAAUAACUUGAAGAUGGAUCUCAAAUUUGUUUCAUACUUGAAAUGGAUGAUAUGCUGAUUAUUACAAAACUUAUGAAAUAUAUUGUGAAAUUGAAAUAUUUAUUAAAGAAUUGAGAUGAAGGAUAUUGACUCAACUAAGAAGAUAGUAAGCUGAAAAUUCAUAAAGAUCUUUGAGAUGAAUAGAAAACUAUAGAUAUCAGGAAAGAUAUCAAAAAGUUAGUUGGAUUAUUUGGUAUUGAUGAUAUUAACCAUAUAAUUUUCUAAUGAUAUUAACUCAUGAAAAAUAAUGUUAUAUUUGUGUUUAUUAAGAAAAAUGGGUUUUUAUGUGAACAAUGUGAAUUUUUAGUUAAUCAUAUGAUCUUAUAUGAUGUUUAGAUUCAUGUCUAUAAAAAGUAUAAAAAAGGGGAGAUUUUUUAACUGACCGGCAUUCAAUAUUGACUCAGAGAGUGUUGCUCACAAGUGGGAAGCAAAAUCGAGAGAGCCAUGAGUUGCACUUGAGUGGCUAAGAAACUCAUGCAGAAACAUGUGUAUGCCACUCCCCUUCCAUGUCACUAGGGGUCAACCAAACAUGGGGCAAGGAAUGUUCAUAUAUGUGUAUGUGGAGGGGGACCACUUGAUUUGUGGGGCCCACUCCCCAAAGGGUGGUCAUGACCAUUAUGAUUUUAGGAGAAGAAACUUGAAGAAGAAGGGGGUAGAGACUUAUAUUUGUCUCAAAUCUAGAUAAAACUAAUAUGGGACUUAAAUAGGGUUAGAACACAUCAACAAAUAAUACCAAAGAAACCCCAUGUUAUGAGAAGUAAAUGUAGUCAUGAGCUUACUAUUUCAAGGGUAUUGUAGUAAUUAGUUAAUUAUCUCUCAUGCACUUAGAUGAUUGAUGAAACUUCAAAUCUCACCAAUACAAAAAUUGACAACUUUUAUUUAUUUUAGCUUCACAAUUUUCUUGCAAAACAUUGGUCAAUGAUCAAGUUGUUGGAAGUGCUUGAUCAUCAACAACAAUCAUGAAUCAUCGUUAACAAGAAAUGAAAGAUUCUAGAAUUUUUUUUUAUGAAUUCAUUUAGUAAAUCAUCUUGGUUGAUCAAUGAAUGCAUUGUCAUCGAAAACAAGGUGAUCUACCAAGAGAUUUUUUGUGAUCUCUUCAAAAUGUUUUGAAUGUGAUAAAGAGCAUCUUUUUGUUACACAAACCUAUGGAUGAAGCUCCCUAAUAUAUACUCCACCUAUAUCAAGCUCAACUCAAAUGAGUGAUAGUCAUUGAAGACCUACCUUUGUCAAACAUUAGCUCAAUCAGGUGACAACUACAAGAGAUGCAUCACCAUCACUUACCUUCACCCUUUGAACUUUGAAUAUGAAUAUGAAGAAUGACUAUGACUAAACUCAUCUAAAGAGAGCCUUUGACGCCACAGUCACCCUCAAAAUCUUUCAAUCACUUAAUAUUCUAACAAUUGCUACCAUAAUGCCGGAACUCUAUUUUUUUAUUUUAAAACUCACUGAAUCUUUUGGUUAAUUAUAACUUAUUUGAAUUUAAUUUUCAAUAAUCCUUUUUAUUCUAUUAUGAUUUAUUUAAAAUUUAUAAACCUCAAUUUUAUCAAUUCAAUCAUUAAUAAUUGUUACCCACCCAUAAUCACUCAGUAUAAUAUUUUCAUUUAAAUCAUCAUUUUUUACGUGUUGACAUCAACACAUGAAAUUUUUCUUUUUCUCUAAUGAUUAAAUAUUUUUUUUAUAAACUUGAUAAUUAUAAAUUAGUAAUUACAUCUAUAUAUUAAUAUCUAAUAUAUAUAGAUGCUAAUUAAUAGGUAGAUAAUAUAAUUAUAUGUGUUACUGAUUCAUAAUAACAUUCAUAAUAUUUUAUCAUUUAAGUCCUAAUAUAUAUUAUUUUAUUUAUUAUAUUUAUAUUAUGAGACUAACUCUACUUGACUUUUAUAAAGUCAAGUGAUAAUUCUCUCAUAUUUCUUGAUAAUUAUUUGAUUGUAAGGACUUAG